AUACAGAAGGAAACAGACUGAGAAGAUUUCGGGAAGGAAUUUUAGGUGGGUCAAGGGCGGGACAGCAGAACCAGCCUCGUGUGCGGAACAGUGCAAAGAUGCAGAGGACUGUCCAAGCGUGGCUCCUGGUCCUGUGCUUGGGAUACGUCCCGACGCUCGUUCUCGGGCAAAACUGUUCACAAGCAAGGACUCUUUGUGAAUGUGUUGCUGAAGACCAGGAGUGCACUUGGUGUCCGACUAGUCGGGUAUCGUGGCUGAUGGCAGGGUGUGUAUCAAAACAGGAGGCAUAUAGUCUAGGCUUCCACAAUUGUACCCGAGAGGUGACCAGCCCCAUUCAAUCCGCACCGCAGUGCUCAUCAAGGGGGGACUAUGAGUGUGGACUCUGCGAGUGUCCGGCUGCAUACCGUGGACGUCAUUGCCAAUGCAAUGCCUCGCUAAUCGACCCGUCUUCCGCACGCCGCGAGUGCAGGCCAAGUAGCGAUGUCACGUUCAGCACUCCAGCCUGCAGUGGUCAGGGACUAUGCGCCGUGACAGACACUGGCUGCCAGCUUGCCUGCGUAUCGUGUACACCGGGUUGGCAUGGUCGCUUCUGCCAGUGCGCUGACUCGCUAUGCCGGGCAGCCGAUAAUGGUCUUCCCUGCGGAGGCCAUCGCCAGGGCCGGUGUUGUUGUGAUUCAGGCACGUGUGGUGAUUGUAGGUGUCUUUGCUUCCCUGCGUACAAUCUCGACACCACAUGCAACCUAUGCGACACAUCUCUGGAUUCAUGUCGCACAUCUCCGGAAAAGCCGAUAUGCUCUAACAAUGGUUACUGCUUAUGUGGCAAAUGUCAAUGUCAGGCUGGCUGGACUGGUCCAACAUGCUCUUUCUGCUUGCCCGGUGCUAUCUGCAGUCAAGGCCAAUGCUUCCUUGCUGCCGCUUGUAUCUUUGCACCGCUUGAGUGCCGUGGGAGUGAUUCCUGCUACCUGUGCAUGGGAGAGAAUACUGUCAGCAGCUAUUAUAAAGGAGGCAAAACCUGCAUACGACACUUCUGCCCCGCCAACAUCACCUUCCUGCUGCUGGAUACGCCUCCGGAGACGUACACAUUUGACGAUCCGUCGAACCCUCCUUCUUUCCGAACGGAGGGAACUCUAUGCAUAACUCAGAAUGUGCAAUUCUUUGUAGCUUCUUCCAAUAAUCGCUUCAUAGGCAUUGCCGUUGUCUUUGCAUUUAAAGGGUCUGCUGCACCAACUGAUCUAAGGGACCCACCUCUGGUGAUUGCACUCGUGUGUAUGGCAUUGCCUCUUCUACAGCUCAUAUAGGACCUUUGCAGAUGGCAGGUGAAGGCUGCGGGAAAGGCACUCAGUGCUUCAACUAAUA